AUGCUCACGGACGUCGAGCUCUUCCGCCCGGCGGCGACGAUCGCCAUGUACGCAGACGUGCGCCAUGCAACGCUGCAGAACGGUCUCAAGGUCGAGUACGCGGUCCACGGCGCCGACGACGCGCCCGAGAAGGUCCUUCUCAUCAUGGGCCUCAUGGCCGAGAAGGAAGCAUGGCUGCCGGUGAUCGCGACGCUCCUUGACCCGAGCUCGCCGUCGGCGCGCCGCUAUCAGUGUGUGACGUUUGACAACCGCGGCGUUGGCGGCACGGACCACCCCGCGGGGCUGUACACUACGUCGAUGCUCGCGACCGACGCGCUGCAGCUGCUCGACCACCUCGGAUGGCGCCACGCCCACAUCGUUGGCCUGAG